CUGAACAGAGGGGGCGCUGUACUGUAGUUCAUACUGGAAAAAUACCACCCUGUGCAGCCAGCCGUCAUAUCAACAAAGACUCUGCAGCCUGGGUGCCCACGUUUUUCUCCGUUAUAUUGGAAAAAGUAAAAAAAACACACAGGCCUAGUUAUGAUUUUCAGGUAGCACUGCAACGUCUUAGAACUACCAGUGUCUUUUUGAAAGAAAAAAGUCUGUUCCAUCGAUCAAAAAGGCUAACGUAAGCGUUUCAAGCUCGCUGUGAAAAUGUCGACUGCCGUGGACUUCCAUUCUCAGAUUGCCUCCAUCAUGGAGGUGCUGGCUAACGCGGCCGUUGCAGAAAUUUGUAAAGUUGUGGACGACGGAUACGCGGUGGUUCACCUGGAGAUGUCCCGGAGUCAGAAGGAGAACGAAGUUCUGCGCAGGAAAAUCAAACUGCUGGAGCUGCACGUCGCCAGGUACCGAGCGGAGAGAGUGAGGGGACCGGAGGGCUCUCUCUGCGGCCGCUUCGCCGGGGUCCGCCUCCUCAACCGGCAGAAUAGGGCCUCACUGGCAGGCCCCUCUCUGCAAGGCAGGACCAGGUUUUUGAACCGAGACCCGGGGACUCAGCAGUCUGUGCAGAAGAUCCAGCCUAUCAACCCGGACCAGGAUUCUGACCAGGAGGUCGUCACCACCACCAAAACUGAGUCAGCAGAACCUGAGGAGGAGGUGGGGGAGCUGCUGAUCGUCAAGGUGGAGGGAACGAUGGAGACCGGAGCCACCACCCACGAGGUGCCAGUAGACGCCUGCACCGGCAGCAGAGGAGACGCCCACACCGCCACAUCACUCCCCGCUGCCUCGCCAGACGCCAGACGCCGCAGCGAAACGGAGGGCCAGAGAUGUCUGAAAAACACGAGCUGCGCUCAGCGCAAGGUGGAAAAGAUGCAUGAAGUGCAAGUUUUCUUUGCUGUGGGCUCAUCAGGUGUUACCCCAGAGAAACACAGUCCCUCCCAAACGCUGCUGGGAUGGCAGGAGAGCAGCAAGACGGAAGAUAGGGAGCGGCCAUCUUGUUCCACACACACAGCAGAAACCGUAGCAGGAAUCUCAUCAUUUAGCCAAGUGAGGACAGUCCUUGCCUCCGUCUCUAAAAGGCCUCAGUGCAACAGAGACCAGACUAACUCCCUCCCCUAUGCAGCGGAGGACAGCUGCGGGGGGACGUUGUUGUCUGGGCGAGGAGGAGAGGACGGAGCUGAGGAAGUAACCCCUCUCCUCGGUCAGCCACGGCUGUGUAUUCAGAACAGUGAGUCACGCACUGAAGGGAUGUUUGAAGGUAAUGCAGCCUACAAUCUUUCUACCUUUAACAAUACCCCAGUUGCCAUGGGGACAGUCAACUCCCAGCAACAGCAAAGCCAGCAUUCCUGGUCUGGAAUCCGGCCGCUGGACAACGCCCUCUUCCCUAGUCAGAACCCCCCUCAUCAAGCAUCCAGCAGUCAGAACCAGGAGUGCAGGUCAGCACAGUGCCAGCAGCCCUCCCUCCCCUACAGCUGCACCUUCUGUUCCCGCCGCUACGCCCACCAGUGCCAGCUGCGCAUCCACGAGCGCGUCCACACAGGGGAGAAGCCGUACCAGUGCGUCCAGUGUGGGAAGCGCUUCGGCCAGGUCUGCAGCCUCAAGCGCCACCAGAUGGUCCACACGGGGGAGAAGCCGUUCUCCUGUCCUCACUGUGGGAAGCAGUUCUCCACUUCUACCAACCUGAAGGUCCACCAGAGCGUCCACACCGGGGAGAAGAGGUUCCACUGCUCCAAGUGUGGCAAGAACUUCUCCUUCCUCAGCAACCUCAUCAGGCACCAGGCUCUGCACACCGCCAAACCGCACCGGGAGGGCAGGAUGGCGGGUUUUGGGAAUUUCCACAAUCAGAUGGCGUCCAUCAUGGAAGCGUUGGCUAACACGGCGGUAGCUGAGAUCUGUCAGCUCGUGGAGGACGGCUUCGCCACCCUGAGGCUGGAAAUAUCCCGGAGCCAGAGGGAGAACCUGGCCCUGAAGAGCAGGCUGCGGCUGAUGGAGGUCCGUUCAGGAGAGCCCCCCCCCCCGCCGCCGGCCGGGACCUGCACCAGGAGAGAUCACUUCGGAGAAGACGGCUCUACCAUUACCAAAAACGUCAACUUCACUAUGCUGGAGAACACUGACCCUCAGCAGUCACAGCCGGUGGUUGUGACGAAGCAGCCGGUGGAGCCAGAGGUGGUUAUCAUAAAGACGGAAAGGCAAGAGGAGGAGCUGAGUGUGUUGGGAGACCAUCAGACAGCUUCUAACAGCAGCGAUGGACCUCUUUCUCUGUCUCUUGCUGCUGAGAGCGACCGCCUACUGAGUGUCGAAGCAGAAACCCCCAGAGUCAGUGUGUCAUGUCGGUAUGAAAAUCAGGACUUAGCCAGACCUGAAGCUCAGCAGCAGGAGAAGAAGGAGAUAGUGGAUGAGGCCACUACUCAGUGUCGGUACUCUCAUCCUGCAGAACCAAGCCAUGGAGGUGGUGGUCCAAACACAGACAGGGAAAUGACAGACUUGACUGAAGAAGAUGACAAACGAUGUGUUGACUCUUUGUCUGCUGAGUUCAGUAGUAGUAAAGUUCCUGAUAUAGACACCGCACUGAUAAAGAAACUAGAUUCAGCGCUGUCACCUACAAAUACCGGAGGGGAGGGUUUGUGUGGUGCAGCAGCAGACUGGAGAGGAGAGGAAGUGUUAGCAGCAGUCAAACUGGAGGCUGAACCUUCCUGUUCUGAAGCUUUUCUGACAUAUAAUCCUUUAGUUUCUGUCACUAGAGAUGAGAGUCAGAGUAACAGCAGGUUAACUCACACAACCAGUCAGCACACAGAGAGUGAAGCAGCAGAACUGGACACCAGCAGCUUGGACGACGACUCCUUCGAUGACCUAUUCUCUUCCCCAGAGGUGGCCAGGUCUCUGACAGCUCCUGCCAAACACUCCCCAAAUGGAGUCACAUGCAUGGAGGAGCCCCUGUCAUCCUCAUCUUUUUCUUUCCCGAGCAUCUUUGGGAACCCUUCCAUGUCAGACUCUCUAACCGUCUCCUCCUUCAGUAACGCCUCCUCUGACUCCAGGUGCACAAGCUUUUCCUGCAGCACAGAGCGAGCAUUUAGCUGCCAGCACUGCGGCCGCCUCUUCUCAACCUCCAGAGACCUGGCGGUGCACCAGCGCUCCCACGCCGGGGAGAGGAUCUACAACUGUUACCUCUGUAAGAAACCCUUUGUCCACCCACACCAGCUGAAAACCCACCAGCGGGUGCACACCGGAGAGAAACCGUUCAGCUGCUCUCAGUGCGGCAAGCGCUUUUCCCAGUCUAGCCAUAUUAAGAGACACAUGAGCGUCCACACAGGGGAGAAGCGCUACAGCUGUAGCCUCUGUGGGAAACGCUUCUCACAGGCCUGCAGCCUCAAGGUGCACCAGACGGUCCACACCGGAGAGAGACCAUACAGCUGCACAAAAUGUGGCAAAAGCUUCUCUGUGCUGGGGAACCUGGUUCGCCACCAGAGCGUGCACAUCAGCAAAUAGAGGGACUGGAGUGAAUCAGAAAUAUACAAGAAGUGUAAUGCGCAUAUAAAGUCAGUAGGGCUCAUCAUAAUGUCGGUCAGAAUGUGUUAAGCUGACUGUACAUUUUGUCAUUUAUAUUGUUAAACGUACAGUAUGUAACUUUUUGUCACUAGGGGUCUCUCAAUCAAAACAAUGGAUGGUAAACACAGACUUUUGAUAACGGGAAGUUGUAGUUUUUACUGUUAAACACCAUUGCCGAUCUGUUCACGGAAGAGUUUUCCCAUUCAAGUGUAUUCCCAUUACAUUUUGUAACGUUUAUUCAUGUCACUAAUAAAGUAGCUGCAGUUUCCCCAACAUAGUUAAAUUUUUAUUUUUAUUUGUCCAAAACGGUCCGAUG